UGGAGGGACACCCCAAAUUUUCCACCAAACCAGACCAGCCGCCAAGAUGAGAUUUCUAGUGCCGCUUUUUGUUUUCCUUGCUGUGGCAGCAUUUCACUCUGCUCUCUCAGCAUCUCUGGAGUCUGCAGAGAAAGAGGAGUCAGUGGAGAAGCAAGAUGGGAUCAUUAAACUGCAGGAAAUAGAUCAGAUGGAGUUUGAUGCCGCUCAGAAGAACGAGGCGGCCCAGAUGAAUGUCACGGAAGAACAGAACGAGGGCGCCCGUUACCUCGAGGCAGUUCAAGAUGGAUCAGUGGAGGAACGUGUCGAGGCUGAAAACGACAACACAGCAGAGGGAGGCGGGACCUCUGACACUGCAUCACGUGGGGAAUCCUCAGAGUCCUCUGAGGAAACAGACGGGAGACAAAGGAGAGAGCACCAUGAGUCUCAGUCAGAGACUGUGAGCAACUCUGAUGAAAGCAGCAGCAGCAGCAGCAGCAGCAGCAGCAGCAGUCAUGAUUCAACUAAGGAGCAAGAUGCACUGGAGUGAGGGGCACAGCAGCAUGCGGACUCCAGCGCUCCCUCUACACCCGGUGCCUAAUCUGCAUCGAGCUUACUACCAAUAAAAAGGGAACUGUUCCACUUAUCUAUAAUAA